GGCCGCGUCCCCCGGCUGCUGUCAGGCGCUGGCGGCGGAAAUGAGGCGCUGGCCGUUUUCCGAGCCGGGGUUUCCUGCCUGAGCGCCGAGAGGCCGUGCGACGCCAUGGGCCGGCCGGGCCCCGACCCGCAGCUUGCGCGCUCGGCCGCCCCGCCUCGCUCUCCGCCAUGAACGGACCCACCGUGCAGCCCUCCCGAACGUCCUCAGCACCCGCAUCGCCCUCCUCCCCGCGCGGCUGGAGUGACUUCUGUGAGCGGCACGCGGCGGCUGCGGCGCGGGAGCUGGCCCGCCAGUACUGGCUGUUUGCGCGCGCGCACCCACAGCCACCGCGCGCCGACCUGGUGUCGCUGCAGUUCGCUGAGCUUUUCCAGCGACACUUUUGCCGCGAGGUGCGCGAGGGCCUCGCGGGGCCACCGGGCCGCGACUACCGCGCCACCACCCCACACCACCGCCCCGCGCUGCCCAAGGCACGCAGCUCCGAGGACCUGGGCCCGAGGCCCACCUGCGCCCUGCAGCACCUGCGCCGCGGCCUGCGCCAGUUCUUCCGCCGCCGCUCGGCUGGGGAGCUGCCAGGAGCCGCCAGCGACACCAAUGAUACCGACAACGACACCUCUGCCACCACCAGGCCGGUAACGGCCCGCAAACUGCUACCCUGGAGCCUGCGGGAGCCGCCAGCCGAAGCGCUCAAGGAGGCGGCGCUGCGCUAUAGCCUGGCGGACGAGGCGGCCAUGGACAGCGGUGCACGCUGGCAGCGGGGUCGCCUGGUGCUUCGGGCCCCGGGUCCAGGCCAUGGCCGCCUACUGCAGCUCUUCGACCCUCCCAAGAGCUCAAAGCCCAAGUUCCAAGAAGCAUGUUCCAGCAUCCGGGAGGUCCGGCCAUGCACACGCCUGGAGAUGCCUGACAACCUCUAUACCUUUGUGCUGAAGGUGCAGGACCAGACAGACAUCAUCUUUGAGGUGGGAGACCAACAGCAGCUCAACUCAUGGCUGGCAGAGCUCAGAACAAGCACAGGCCAAGGGCUGGAGCGCAUGGACACAGAGUUACCCCUUUCCUUCAUGGCAGAGCCUGGACCAGCCAACUCUCCAAGGGGAAGCACAGACUCCCUGGAUCAAGGUGCUUCACCUGGGGCAGUGUUGGACUCGGCCUGCCAGAAAACAGAUCACUUCCUGUCCUGCUACCCCUGGUUCCAUGGCCCUAUCUCCAGAGUGAAAGCUGCACAGUUGGUUCAGCUGCAGGGCCCUGAUGCUCACGGCGUGUUCCUGGUGCGGCAGAGCGAGUCCAGGAGAGGGGAGUAUGUGCUCACAUUCAACUUACAGGGCAGAGCCAAGCACCUUCGCCUGGUGCUCACAGAGCGUGGGCAGUGCCGUGUGCAGCACCUGCACUUUCCCUCGGUGGUGGACAUGCUCCGCCACUUCCAGCGCUCCCCCAUCCCACUUGAGUGUGGGGCAGCCUGUGAUGUCCGGCUCUCCGGCUAUGUGGUAGUCGUCUCCCAAGCACCAGGUUCCUCCAACACGGUCCCCUUCCCUUUCUCCCUUCCUCCCUGGGACUCAGAGCUGGGUCUCUCCCACCUCAACUCUGCUGGCUGUCCCCCCAGCCUUGGCGCAGAAGCUCUUCCUGGCCGAGUGACGCCCCCAGAGCAAAUCUUCCACUUGGUGCCUUCUCCUGAGGAACUAGCCAACAGUCUGCGGCACCUGGAACUGGAGCCUGUGAGCAGUGCCCGGGACUCAGACUAUGGGAUGGACUCCUCUUCACGGAGCCACCUUCGGGCCAUCGACAACCAGUAUACCCCUCUCUCACAGCUGUGCAGGGAUUCAAACUUGUGAAUGUAACCAUCGUCCUUCCCCUCCAGAUAGCUACAGGCUGCAAUAAGCCUUCCCCAGCUCAGAUGUGCACUCCACCAGGCUGCCACAGGCCUCCUGUCAGCCACAGCUAGCUCCUGGCUUUCUCCCACUGUUUACAGAUGUAGUUCUUGUGCACAGGUGCCACUAGCUGGUACCCUAGGCCCAGUCCCCAACCCAGAGGAGUGGGGCCACAGGCCCAGAGCUGGCAGUAGAAACUACAGUCAGAGAUGAAAGACUUCCUACCAGGUAGGGUCACGGGAAGCACAAAACACUAACAAGUCCCCAUCUCCCUCUCUGUAGCUCCAGUUCCACAGGUGAUAGAUGCCUCUUGCCUCUUAAUCCUGCGUCUGCUCUCAGCUUUAGACAGAAGCUCUGCCAGAGGGAUGGGCUGAAAAGUCAAAAAAUCUAAACAUUUUUACCUCAGAUUGAUUUUUUUUUUAACAUUUUCAUAUAAAAUCACAGCGUCUCUCCCUGCACUGCCCCCUACUAGGACCCAUGCCAUUCCAGUCAGGGCAGCUAAGCACACCUGCUUCUCUCACCCGAGCUAAGCCAGCACGCUAGUGUCCCUGUCUGCUCCUCCUCAGGAUGGUUGCCUGCUAUACGGGGUAGCCACUGUCGUCCCUAAUUUAGAGAAUGUAAGUGUCGCCCUUUCAGGGAAUCCAGGCAGCUUGCAGAGAGGGGGGGUGGCGAGGGACAUUCUAUCCCAGUGCCUUAUGCAUAAAAACAGGACUCGGGUUUCCAGUAGCUUAUCAGAGACAGCAGGGGGGGGGGGGGGACAAGCACAAAUGCAAAGGCGCCUGGGCCUGUGUAGUGAACCCAAAUUUAUAGCUUGUCCCUGCCGUGCACCCAAGAAUUAAUGGCUUAGAGUAUGGUUCCAUUCUGAUCCAAAAGGAAGUUAGCACAGUAAGUGUUCUGUCCAAGGUAACAGGGUCACUGGUGACAACCAAUAGGGUCUAUACUAAUCUGAUCUUUUCCAGGUGACAGUUCAUAGGGACUAGAGAGUGGGCUGCUCCUGAUCAAAGGUGCCAGUCAGUGCAUAAGUUCACAGGUAUGGCAGUGGGGAGUCCCAACUUAAUUCUUGGACAUGUUCACCAGAGGCGAACAUGAUGACCCUUCUCAUUUGGUUACCCUCCGUACUGUGCAAGCUUGUGUGGCCCUUAGUGGAUGGGGGAGCAGCCAACUGUUUAACCUUGGACACCCACCAUUGUGUUCACAGAGCAAGGCAUAUCCCACAUAGGUGCAGAUUUGUGCUACACCUAAGAGAACUAGCUUUCCUUCAUUUUCCACAAAAAGUUUGAACCAAAGAUAAAAGCAAUAUUCAGCCACUGGCCCAGACUCAUCUCUAAGCUAUGCAGUCCUGGAAAGGGGCUGAUUGGGCAGUUGUAUCUCUACCCCUACAGACUAGAAGCAUUCAUUUCUCCUGGGCUCGUCAGACACACAGCUCUCAGUAGAGGGGAGACUGGCCAUAUACACUGUAAACCAGCACCUCUGCUGCAGUGUUGGGACUCACUCACGCACUGUGGUCUGAAGGCUUCCUUUCAAAAGGUGUAUAUUAUGACAGUCUUCUCAUGGCUUUGGGAUAGAGUGGCACUAAGCCACCACCUUUUUCUUUCUGCUACAAUAGGUCCAAGUUGGCUGAAGGGGAAUCAGGUGAGAUGCCCUCACCAGUGUCAUUACCAGGCAGGCACCAUUCCCAUCCCAGUAGUCCUGACACCCCCAUUGGCAGGUGAGGCCACACUAGGCACAGUGUGAGUUGGCCCUAUAGAGACUGUAAGUGUAGCUCAACAGUCCCUGCAACACUGCUUCCUUCUGACUACAACUACACACUAACAGCCACCAGCACCAAAGAAUGAAGUCAGCUAACCUGCCUUGACUUUAGACCAGCGGUCCAUAUGGCUUUAUAUCUGGAAUAAAACUCUGAUCAUCUCUGGACCAUAGGGAAAAGGAAUAGUGAUCGUUACAUUUUUGGGCCAGACAACACUAUUUUUACGUAAGUUUCUUAACCUAAAAGAAGACUCAUCUCUUCCCUGAGGGCUCUUGUUCAAAUUGUUACCUUAGUGCAAACAUCAAGUGACAGACUGUUGUCCACUGCCUCCUAAUGGAGGUGAAUCUAAUGGCCAGUGUGUAAGGUUCAAAUAAGCAUUGUGACAACAGGAAGAAGGGAUUUCAUCUUCUAUCACAAUAGGCAGAAGGUAUUUAGCAAAUCUUUGUUUUAUGUACUGUAUGAGUAACUUAUUCUUAAAUAAUGCAAAUUUUUGCUACAGUGUACAAAUUGCUAUAUGUGAAUUAAAAAGGUUUUCAGAA